AGAGCCCUUCUCUCUGAGCAACUGAUUUUCUAUGUGCACAGAUUAUUGUGAUUAUUAGUUUAAAACAACAUUCAGUCAAGGGAGACCCUAAUACGUGCACACAAGUUGACCAUCUCAGCAAGAUCUAGGCCAAAUUCAGGGCAUAAAGACAACUGGCUUUCUGAGGAACCGUUCUUCGGAGGAAAGGGUGUGUGUGCUGUGGGUGAGUGGCCAAGAUGAACAAUCUCCCCUUUGAAGAGACUUCCCUGGACAGUCUGGAUCCUUCCCUGACUCUCCAUGAAUCCAGUGAAAUUGACACGGCGCUCCUGAGUGACAUUGACGACAUGCUUCAGCUGAUCAACACUGAAGACAGUGACUUCCCUGGUCUGUUUGAUGUGCCGUUCGGUCCUAAUGCCACCCCGGAUCCCAACCCACAUGGGCCAAGUUUGUUCAGCAGCUAUCUGGGGGCGAGUAACCCGCCUUCCUCCAGCUUGUUCCACGUUCCAGGUUCGCCCCCGCCACACUUCACGCCCCUGCAGACAGACAGCCUGAACACGGAGCCAGCUCCAAUGGACAUCAAGGAAGAAUCCCUGCCUGCUGCGCAAGCUCCGCUUCCACCAACGGGAAUGACGGCUCAGAAUUUUGUUCCGGCAUCCCAGCCUCAGUUCUCAGCACAGCCUAUGAUGGGAUUCCUGAAUCACAACGGAGUUUCCGCUCCCCAGCCAGGAGGGCAUCCUCAGCACCCUCUGCCUGUCCAAGCCUCAUCCCAGCAGACCCAGCCAGUGGCGAUGCAGCAAGCCCCGCUCCAGAACAUUGCUUCUCAGCAGCUCCUGGCCCCCCAUACCACCCCCCAGGUCGUCCAGCCACAGAUCCAGCAAGUACCGGUUCUUCUGCAGCCUCACUUCAUCAAGGCCGACUCCUUGCUUCUGACAGCCGUCUCCAGAACCAAGACCUCCGGGAUCACCACGCUGUCUACCCCGACGACCAUCCAGUCGACCUCGUUACAGAUGCCGACGCUGAUGAGCGGGGGUACCAUCCUGGCAACAGUUCCGCUGGUGAUGGAUACCGACAAGCUGCCCAUCAACCGCCUGACCACUGGAAAGCCCUGGGCGAGCAGCAACAAGGGCGAGAAACGCACGGCGCACAAUGCCAUUGAGAAACGGUAUCGCUCCUCCAUCAAUGACAAAAUCUUGGAGCUGAAGGACCUGGUGGUGGGAUCAGAAGCCAAGCUGAACAAGUCAUCCAUUUUGCGGAAAGCAAUUGACCACAUCCGCUUCCUGAAGCAGACCAACCAGAAACUGAAGACGGAGAACAUGGCCCUCAAAAUGGCUUCACAGAAGAACAAGUCCCUGAAGGACCUGGUAGCCACGUGCGGCGGGAACACACAGGACGCGGCAGAAGGGAUCAAGCUGAUGGAUGCCCUCACGCCACCUCCGUCGGACGCAGGGUCCCCCUCGCACAGCAGCAGCAGCCCACUCUCGCUCAGUGGCACCAGUGGGAGUGAUUCGGAGCCUGACAGCCCUUUCUGUGAGGAAUCUAAGAUGAAGCGAGAGCGUCAGGCACUCUCUCCAGGCAGCCUGGGGAUGCUGGACCGAUCCCGCUUGGCGCUGUGUGCUUUUGUCUUCCUCUGCCUCUCUUUCAACCCUCUGUCCUCCCUGUUGGGUGGGACUAGCUCUGCAAGCCCCUCGGAGAUUGAUGGCUCUGGUCUUGCUGGACGAACCAUUAAGUCCCAGAAUGGGGCUGGAGAUUCCCUGGCUGCUUGGUCCCAGUGGCUUCUCCCUACCAUGGUCUUCUGGCUGAUCAACAUGCUGGUUGUUCUCGGUGCCUUUGUCCGGCUCUUCAUCUAUGGCGAGCCCGUUACACGCCCGCACUCGGAGUCUUCCAUUCUCUUCUGGAGGCAUCGCAAGCAGGCAGACCUGGACUUGGCACGGGGUGAUUUUGCUCAGGCGUCCCAGAACUUAUGGACAGCACUCAAAGCCCUUGGCCGCCCCCUCCCGACCUCUAAUCUGGACCUCACUUGCAGCCUUUUGUGGAACCUGAUCCGGCACGUGCUUCAGCGGCUGUGGGUGGGGCGCUGGAUGGCGGGCCGGGCCGGUGGCUUUUUCCGCGACCGGGACCUCAAGGCUGACGUGCGCAAGAGUGCCUGCGAGGCGGCCCUAGUGUACCACAAGCUGCAUCAGCUGCACAUGACGGGGAAACACGUGGCUGGCCACUUGUCGGCAAUCAACAUGGCGCUGAGUGCCGUGAACUUGGCUGAGUGUGCAGGCGACGCCAUCUCUGUGGCAACGCUGGCAGAAGUCUAUGUGGCGGCUGCCCUGCGGGUGAAGACCAGCCUCCAUCAGUGUUGUCACUUCCUGGCGCGUUUCUUCCUCAGUAGCGCCCGGCAAGUGCUGCUGUCCCACAGUGGGACCGUCCCGCCAGCCCUCCAGUGGCUGUGCCACCCCGUGGGCCAUCGUUUCUUUGUGGAUGGCGACUGGGCCGUGAAGAGCUCUCCCCGGGAGAGUAUCUAUAGCUCCACUAGCAAUCCAGCGGACCCCCUGGCUCAAGUGACACAACUCUUCCGCGAGCAUUUGCUGGAGAAGGCCCUUUCCUGCGUCUCCAGGCUGGAGAGUGACACGCCGGCCAGCCAUGGCGAGGGAGAAUUUUCCAAUGCUCUGGAGUACCUGCAUUUUCUCAACAGUUGCGCAGAUGCCGUUCCGAGCCCAACUCUCUCCAUCAGUGCUAACAUGGACACUGCCACAGGCACUGACCCUGUUGCUCACUGGUGGGCAUCCGUGGUUGCCAUGGUGAUUCAUGGGCUGCAAGGCGAUGAUGACGCGGUGGAGCGCCUGUAUCCUCUGGUGGAAUCGAUGCCGAGGGCCCUCCAGGCAUCUGAGAAUCCUCUUCCCUGUGCAGCGCUGCAUAUGUUCCGGGCUGCACGGGUGCUGCUGGGCAAGCUAGACUGCAGCCUGGGCCAGUGCGACAAAGCCGGUGACUACUUGAGGGAGAGCUUGGGUGGAAACACGCCCCCGAGUGCCAUUGACAGGGCUGUGCAGUUCCUCUUGUGCGAUCUCCUCCUCAUCACCCGCACGCGGCUCUGGCAGCAGCAGAUGCAGUCGACUCAGCCACAUGGCACCCCCUACCAAGCCUCUGCCCUUGAGCUGCGCGGCUUCCAGCAGGACCUCAGCAGCCUCCGGCGCCUGGCACAAUCAGACAAGCCUGCAAUGCACCGGGUUUUCCUUCACGAGGCGACAGCCCGGCUGAUGGCCCGAGCCAGCCCCACACGAACGCACCAGUUGCUGGACCAGAGCCUGCGCAGGAGGGGAGCCUCAAGCACCAAAGGAGCCAGCCAACAAGAGAGUCGCCCGACAGCGCGGGAGCAGGCGGAGGCCCUCUUGCUCGCCUGUUCCUACCUGCCCCCCGUGUUCCUCUUGGGGCCGGGCCAGCGGAUGGGCAUGUUGGCCGAGGUGGCCCGCUCUCUGGAGAAGCUGGGGGACAAACGGACGCUCCACGAGUGCCAGCAAAUGAUCAUCCGGCUCAGCAGCGGCUCCACCGUCACUUCCAGCUAGAGCGGUGGUACCGAGGACUUGUGGGGGACGGGGGGGAUGCGCACAGAGGGCAAGCCGGGUGUGGUCCCUCCAAGCACAUUUUGAGCAUGACUGUUGGGGGCGAAGCCCAGGACACGGAAGGGCUAGGCCUGCAGGAGGUUGACUCUCGCUUCCCCCGCUCUAGGUAAUCCUUACUCUGCAGGGUUACCUCCCCCUACUUUCUGGGGGGAGCCCCCCAUCCUCUCCACGCGCUGUUGUGUGUGCUGAGCAGUCCGAAGUGACUUGUUGGAGAGAGCACAAGCCAGCAGAGGUCUUUGCCAAGAGGGCGGUGAGAUGCACCGCGUGGGCCUGUGUUGCUCCUGCUAUUAAAAGUGGGGAGGAUUAUCACCGGCUGUGCGAGGCGGCAUCUAAAAACGGGACAUCCGUUAGAGUCGCAUUGGGUGGGGUGCAGGUGGCAGGCGAGGGUCUUUUCAUUCCCCUCUGCAACUUGAUUCUCAGCUUUCACACACGUACAGGGGAAAUUGCACACAAGAGUUGUGGUUCGUUGCACUUCUGCUGUAGCAUCCUGGCAUGGGACGAUGACUUUGCAAUCUCCCGGUUUCCCCUCGGCUGCUCUCUGCUCCUCCUCCCGCCCCCAUGCAACUCUCUCUUGGGGUCCUCCCAGAACCUCCUUGAUUGUCUUGCCUGCCAGCACUUCAGAAUAAGGCAAAGGGGGUCCCCUGGUGGCAGUUUCCCUUAUUGCAGGGUGCCUGCCCAUCUCUCUGGCCGGAUGCGAAUGGCUUUGAGGCGUGGGCUCAGCUUUGUUUUCAAAGUGUUCUUCUGCCAACCAGCUGCUGCUGUGCUCCUCUAUCUCAGGCACAUCUGACUUCUUGGGAAGCAAUGGAAAAACGUUGUGCUUCCCUUACAGAAGGCCCCAAAGCCUGUGCUUCCUUCACCCUUUGCAGGGGCUCCCUCAGUACGACUUGGCUAAAUUUUGGCGGGCUGGGGAUUGUGAAUUUCUGGCUUGGGUCUUCUGACUCCCCUCACCCCGUUACUGGUUUUAUGGGGGGGGGCUUUCUAAAAACAUUUUGCCGUAUGUAUAUCUGCCCCCCUCCCGGCAAACGUCGGUCCCUAAGUAGGAUACACACACAGAAAGUAGAAUUCAGGAUGGACAAAAGAAAGUACUUCUUCACGCAACGCACAGUGAAACUAUGGUCUUCGCUCCCACAAGAGGCAGUGAUGUUCACCAACUUGGAUGGCUUUAAUAGAGGAUUAGACAACUUUAUGGGGGACAAGGCUGUCAGUGGCGACCAGCCAUGAUGGCUAGGCCCUGCUUCCAAAAUCGGAGAUGGUAUGAUUCCUAAUACCAAUUGCUAGAAACUGCAGGAGGGAGAGUGCUCUUGUGCUCAGAUCCUGCGUGUGGUCUUCCCAUGGGCAUCUGGUUGACCACUGUGAGAACGGGAUGCUGGACUAGAUGGGCCACUGGCCUGAUCCAGCAGGCUCUCCUGAUGUUCCUAUAUACCCAUAUCCUUGCUGGAGCUGCUGGAUGUCUCUGUGUGGGUUUGUUUUCCCUGUUGGAUGCCUGCCUACCGAGCAGCUGUUCAGAGGCACAGGAGUCCUGCUUUAGAAAAGGUGGUGACCCUAUUUAAAAAAGGCACACCAUUCUCCAUGUGUGUUUUUGGCUUUACAAAUAUACUGGAAAUGGUAAAAGGCCAGAUCAGUUGUGUAGGUCUGUGCCCUGCCAGUGGAGCGAGAGGACAGAAGACCCUGUUGGCUGUGCUUCAUUAUCUUUUUCCCCCUGCCCCAACCCCCAGUAUAGAAUUUUGGUCCUAACAGUAAGUGCCCCGGCGUUGGCUCCGUCACGCAACCUAUGUUGAGGAUGCUGUUGCUUAUGGGGAAAUUUCCUUUGGGAUGGGUGAGACUGGAGAGCCAGGAGCGUCUGGCCAAAUCAAGGUGGGAGAAUGAAUUGCGCCCUCUGCAGGGCUUCUUUUGCAGGAGCAGGUAAAGGUUUGUGUGUACGAUAUACAGUAUCUCAUCCCUCCGCAAUCUGCACCGCUUAGCCAGUUUUUCCAUUUAAAAGUUAUUUUCAUAGUGCAAGUUUUUUUUGUACAGAUAAAAUAAAAGACCUACUUAUUUAUA